AUGACAGACAUACAAACGCGGCGAGAGCCUGGGAAUCAUGGGUCGUCCGUAGCAUAUCUAGGACCGCCUGCUUCAUACUCCCAUCAAGCUACCACAUCCCUUUUCCCAGGGGACGGAUGGUCGUUAGUCCCUACUGCCACCAUCAAAGGCGUAUUCGACACAGUCCAAGCAGGCAACGCAGUAUACGGCGUGGUGCCCUUUGAAAACUCGACGCACGGCGUCGUAACCUUCACGCUCGACAGCCUGGGCGACCGCGGUGGCGAGUUUGGCGACAUUAGCGUCUGCGGCGAGGUCUACCUGGACGUGCAGCACUUCCUCCUGGGCCGGAGGAACCCGGACGACCCGGAGAGCCUCGCGCACAUCCGCCACGUCUACUCGCACCCGCAGGCCUUUGGCCAGACGCAGGGCUUCACGUCGACCCGCCUCGCGCACGCCGAGCUCGUCGACGUGAGCUCCACCAGCCGCGGCGCCGAGAUGGCCGCCGCCGACGUCUCGGGCACCAGCGCUGCCGUGGCGAGCGAGAUGGCCGCCGCGGCCACGGGGCUCGACGUCCUGGCCCGCAGCAUCCAGGACCGCGGGGACAACACCACGCGCUUCCUGGUUCUGCGGAGGGGCCCGCCCGCCGUCGUGAGGGAGGAGGCCGCCUUCGCCGUCCCCGCAGCCGCAGCCGCCACCAAGUCCCUCGUGUCCUUCACCGUGCCGCACCGCUGCCCCGGAGCCCUCGCCGAGGUCCUGCAGUGCUUCCAGCGCCGGGGCCUCGACCUCACCAGCAUCAACAGCCUGCCGAGCCUGAUCCGGCCGUUUCAGUACCUCUUCUUUGUCGAGUUUGAGGCUGCAGAUCGCGCGGAGAGCAGCAUAGCUGUCGUGCUGGAGGAUGUCGCGCGCGUGGCACAGAGCUCACGCUGGUUGGGGAGCUGGGGGAGCAAGCGGUAG